UUGCUUGUCUUUAGAUGAAUCAGACGACGGGUCUCGAGAGAGUGAUUGUAAGAAAUAAUGUAGGCUCUGUGCUCAACAUAGGUUCAUGAGGUUCUCAGUGACCACGAACAAGCUCUGUGCUUCCGUCUCACACAUGCAUUUGGAUUUGAUUUUCGUUAGAUUGUGUAUUAUUGUGAACAGUUUUGGAUUGUGCUUAGGGGGGUUGCUCUUGUAGCCAUCGUUUCACUAAUUGUCGGAUUCAGGUCAACCAAAUACCAAUCUCACAAGAAAGCAGCUAUGGGAUUCCUUUCUCUCUCUUGUUUCUUUUUUUAAUUUCAAGUGUGUCUCUCUCUCUUGUGUCUCCCCAUAUCAGCUGGUGGGUCAGUCUAUGUUUCUUUUGUCAGGAUUCUCUUGCAGCACAUCAAUGAACCUUGAAACUAAGAAUUAAAUGAUGGGAGCCCCCACACAGGAAAUAAAAGCUGCAGACACUAAUGGCUCUGGAAUCCUCCUCCAGAAGGCACUUCCAUUGGACAAGGAAGGUUAGCAAUGAAGAUGAAGACGAUUCCACCUUCAAAUCCUCAGAAAAUUCUGCAGAAGAAAAGGAGGAAAACAACACCACCAAACCCAUUUCUCAGGAGCCACAGGAGCAGCAGCAGCAGCAGGUACGAGCACAAUUGACAAGGAGGAAACUGCAGCAGCUCGCCGUAUCCCGGUUUCGCUCGGUUCUCACCGCUCUCGGCCGCAACCGGAGCCCGCAGCUCGGCCUUCGCUCUCGAGUGGUCGGAACACUGUUUGGUUCUCGCCGUGGGCAUGUACAUUUUGCAUUCCAGAGAGAUCCCAAUUCACAUCCAGCUUUCUUGAUCGAGCUGGCCACACCAAUCAGUGGCCUGGUGAAGGAAAUGGCGUCUGGACUCGUCAGGAUCGCCUUGGAAUGUGACAAAGAGAAAGAGGAGAACAAGAAAGCAGGAGGAAGGCUGCUUGAAGAGCCUGUUUGGAGGACUUUUUGCAAUGGGAAGAAGUGUGGAUUUGCUUCAAGGAGAGAAUGUGGGGCAAAGGAGUGGAAGAUCUUGAAGGCUGUGGAGCCAAUUUCCAUGGGGGCUGGCGUCUUACCGGUGAACGAAGACGCCGAGAGCGGCGGUGGCGGGGGCUGUAGCAAGGAAGGAGAAGGAGGAUCAGAUGGUGAGAUCAUGUACAUGAGAGCAAAGUUUGAGAGAAUUGUAGGCUCAAGGGAUUCUGAAGCUUUCUAUAUGAUGAACCCAGAUAGCAAUGGAGCUCCUGAGCUGAGUAUGUAUUUGUUGAGAGUAUAAAUUUGAGCAAAGCAACCAUGGAAGGAUUGGUCUGAGUUCACUACUACUCAAAUUCCCUUCAUUUCAGCAGCAGCAGCUCAGCUGGAGUCCAACUCCAAGACCAAGUGUCGUUUUUUUUUCCUUCUUCUUUUUGAUGUGCUGUACUGUGUCCUAUCGCCAGUUUAGGGUUUUCUUUCUUUCUUGGGUGUGGGGGGAUACAUUACAAGAUGAUGGAGGGUUGGGGGAUGAAGGUGUAAAUGUAUAGUUUCUGUCUAAUUCAUCAUUAAUUACA